AUGAAGGCGAAGAGCAAGAUCUUCAAGGCAGUUCAAGCGGCGGUUUCCUUCCAAAAUUUCUCCUUCAGCCCGCGAGGCGAAAAUCGGGCCGACAGGCUCAGAACCCAUCACAGCAAGGGCUUUUCCGGCCCGAUCGGCCCCAUGAUUCCGGCCGAAGCCCGGUGUAGGUCCAAAAGCUUCGAGAAUCAAGAGCCCACGUCGCCGAAAGUUUCGUGCAUGGGCCAAAUCAAGCACAAGAAAGCCUGUUUACCGAAAGAAACAAAGCCCGGGAGAGGCGGCCCAGUUACGAAGAAGGAUAAGAAAAAAGGGUCUGGGUUUAAGAAGAUUUUCGGCGCGGGCGGUAAAACCGGCGGGUCAACCGGUCGGGAUAAGGCGCCGGUUCUUGGAGCCGGGCCGGGAAUGAUGGAGAUGAGGAAAUUCGCCAGCAGCCGUGAUACGUUUGCCAAUUUCGAGUGGACGGCGGCGCAGAUCGCGCCGGCGGACGACCGGGAAUAUUAUUCCGACGGGGAGAGGGGGUACAGUGAUGGGGACGAUGACGUCAUCGACCCUUUUUCGGCGCCGGUGUUGGUGGCUAGAGCCGGCUUGGAUUUGGAGCCGAGGAUGGAGAUAAACUUGUGGAAUAGAAGGGCCACGGCGGCUCAGCUUAAGCCUCUUCAGCUGAAUAUGGACAAGGAAAUUAGGGGUAAAAUAUAG